AUUCGUCCCGGGAGGAUUGGCACAUUAAAGCGAUCAUGUCGUUUCGUUAUCACUCCAUCAAUUAUAACAGGGCUCGUGUCCAUCACAAUUUUUGCAAACCUUCAAGCGAUGAUUUUAGAGUUUCUGUCACUGCUGUCACUGGAGGUAUGGCUGGCCCGGGUUGACAAUGAAUUAUGCACAGUGAAGGGUCCCAGGGGAACUCGUGCGACUGGUUCGAUAGUUUUCUCCCUGCAUCUAGGAUCAUUCGGACAGACGUUACUCCCUCUGCUGCCCUCGUCCACGAUCCGAAAUAGGGGAAUCAACGACUUGUUAAGAGAAAUGGGAGUGCUGGAUGGGUUGGCAUGGUGCUUAGGAACUUAUUGGUCCCAAUAGUCACUAUUCUGUACUAUGGUCUCCAAGGAACGACUCGGAUCGGACAUCAUUAUUUCGAUCCUUUCAGUACGGGGAGAAAUGGGAUUCGCAAGUACGGCGCGAGGAAUGUGUUCAGGGCAGGAGCGAGACGGUGUCAAAUAUCGUGGAAAGGGCGAACCAAGGCUGGAAUGUAGCACUCAGCAAGACGUGUGUCCACACUAACUCCCGCGACCGGCAAGGAUCCCCUCGCACGAUUCUCGGCCGUUCAAAGAUUCGAGA